UCAUAGCGUUGCGAACAUGGCCUCUCCACUUAACAGCAGCAAUUGUUUCUUGUAAUUUUCUUUGUCUUCGAAGAAGUCAGGAAGGAUUUAUGGCUGCAUCUGGCACUUCAGCAUCAUUUUCCUCCACUAAAGAAACAACCAAUUAUGCACGACUUUGUCGACUUCUGGUUGGUGUGGGAUCUGAAGUGAUUAGGGUCACAUUUGACAAAAUACAUCCUCCUGCCAGUCUUCACACCAUCCUGACAACAUAUCAUUCCAAACUGCAAGCACUGCGCAAAAAGGUUUUAAAUGCUACUCAAUGGGGAAAGCUAUACCCUGCAAUACGCACCUCUGUAUCCUCUAGAGACUUUGACAUUACACUUCUGACAAUUCUUCUGAGGAACAUUUGUGGGUUGACUCCCCCAGCAACAGGCUGGGAUGCACUUCCAUCUGAAACAGAUGUGAGCACUGAGGCCAACAUUGCAAGGGUGAAAUAUUUUAGAAACACCGUGUAUGGCCAUGCAGACCAGGCCUCUGUGGAUGAUGCAACCUUUAAUGUCUAUUGGAAGGAGAUACGAGAUGCUCUUGUGAGUCUUGGAGGAACUAAAUAUGAAGCUGCCAUUGAUGAUUUAAAAAAUGAAUGCAUGGACCCUGAAAUUGCUGACCACUUUGAAGAACUCUUAAAACAGUGGAAAAAGGAUGAGGACAACAUCAAGGAUGUACUAGAAGAAAUCAACAGGAAACUUGAAAAAUUGACGACAUCAACAAGUACAUCUCAACCCAAAGAAUAUGAAGAGACAAAUGACCUCAUAGAAACGAUUCGCAAACUCUACAAUACGCGUGAAGGUCGGCUGUCGCCGUUUCCUUGGUGUGAAGAGUUCAACUUUGACCUAAACGACAUAUUUACCAAGCCAACCAUUGUCACACGCGACAAAGCUGGAAGAUCAGUGGCAGAGCAAAUAGAUAGUACAACAGGAGUCUUCAAACCUCGUAAGGACCGUUCCAAGCCAAGGACUGUCCUAAUUGAGGGGGAACCAGGAAUGGGCAAAACAACCUAUUGUCAAAAGGUGGCAUAUGACUGGGCCAAUGGUCUGGAAACCGAGGAAUCCUUCCCCACUAUUGAAUUGCUUCUCUUUCUCAGAUGUUGCGACAUGUCAGGCAGCAUAUGGGAAGCUAUUGAUGAUCAGCUUCUUCCAAAAGACAUCGAAGCGGACGCAAAAGAGAAGUUCUUCAAGUUCAUUCGAGCCAAUCAAUCCCAGGUGUUACUUGUACUUGAUGGACUGGAUGAAGCUCCAUCAAAUCUUUUGAAGAUGUUUAUUGACCUUGUUCAAGGUAGAGAGCUUCCGAAAUGUCACAUCAUUCUUACAUCCAGGCAGGAGGGUGGCGUGACUGUGAGCAAGUAUUGUGACUCCUUACUUCACAUUACAGGAUUCUCAACAGAGCAUGCUCGAAGCUUUAUCACUCGUUACUUUGAUGGUCGGGAAGCGUUAGGUCAGAGGCUCUUAAGUGAAAUAGAACGCAAGAAAGAACUGUUGGAACUGACGAUGCAUCCUUUAACGACAGCUCUUCUCUGUCUCCUGGGUGAAGACUAUCGCGGCACUCUGCCCUCAAGCAAAACUGAACUCUAUCUUGAAAUAGCUAGUUGUGUUUUUAGGCGAUUUCGGCGAAAGAAAGGACUCUCUGAUGUAGAAGGAAACUUAAUUGACUUCUACAAAGAUGAUGUAAAGCGACUUGGACGAUUAGCCUUUAAAGGUUUGAUAGAAGAUCAGUUGUACCUGCAGGGAAAGGAACUUGGAGGUUCAGCAAGUGAAAUACCGGUAUUUGAGUUCCUGUCAGUCCACACCAAUCGCAGCAAAAGACGUCCUUGCCUGGAUUAUGCAUUUAUUCACAAAAGUUUUCAAGAUUUCUUUGCGGGCUUUUUUUUGGCGAACCAGAUUUUAAGUGGUGUAAUUACCCCUGAAGUGCUUUUUCCAAAAGAUGGGUCAUACCUUAAGUUUGAGCUCGCUCAUUUCUUUGCAUUCGGAAUUAUCAGCCUCAAGAGUGAAGAGAGAGCAACAUAUUUCAUGAACACCAUAGUCGCGAACAUUAAUCAAAGCAAUGACUUUCUCGCAAGUUACUUAUCGUAUUUUGCCUUAAAAUGCAUUAGGGACUGUUUUGUAACUAGUUCUAUUCUUUCUAGUCAGCUGUUGCUAUUGUUUGGCACUAAACUGCAGCGACAGAAUAUUGCUAUUUUCGACGGAAGAUGUGACAUCCCGUUGCUUGCUGAGGCCCUAAGAGUAAACACCACUCUGAAGGAAUUCAGUACCCCAUUGCCAUUGUAUUUUCCCAGAGACACAUGUGCUGUUUCCUUGGCUAGGACCUUGCAGGUCAACCAAACACUGGAACAGCUCCACUUACUAAACAAUUUUACCAGCGCAGUUGGGGUCCAGCAAUUGGUAGACGUGCUAAUGGUUAACUCCACCCUCCACUCAUUAAGCCUGGCUGGCAAUGCGUUGCAAGAUGAUAGCGCCGGGAUUUUGGCGGAGUACUUAAGGGCUAAUAAAACCCUGGUUUGUUUAAACUUGGGAGUAAAUGGAAUCACCGACCGUGGUGCCACAUUUCUAGCAGAGAGUCUACGCCAAAAUACCACGUUAAAGUAUCUGAUCCUGGGAGGAAACUUAAGCUUUGGUAACCCUGGUGUUUUGUCGCUCUGUGAAACUCUCCGAAUAAACAAUACGCUCGCUGAAUUGAAUCUGUCAGGAAGUGGCAUAGAUGAUGUUGGUAUUAAUUUGCUUCUUACAACCGUCAGAGAUCGUACCACCCUGACCGGUCUGAACCUGUCUUAUAUGAAGAUGAUAACCAAGAAGAGUAUCCGAUCUGUCGCUGAAUUCCUAAGAGUGGAUUCCUCCUUGGUAUCACUUUAUUUUCAAGGAAACAAAGUAAGUGUAGGUGGCACCCGAUUAAUCGCUGAAAGCCUCAAGGUUAACAAAACUUUGAAAAUUUUAGAAUUGUCAAGGAACAACAUCAGAGCGCCAGGGGCCCAUUUUCUUUCCGAAGCGCUUAAAGCCAACACAGCACUAGUCUUUUUGGGUCUAUCGCAGAACGCGCUCAGAGCUCGAGGUGCCCAGCUAAUUUCAGAUGGUCUUGGAGUCAACUCUUCCCUGACUGAGCUUGAUCUGUCAGCUAAUGGCAUUGGUCCUGAAGGUGUUCAGUCAAUUGCCCAGGCCCUUAAAAUUAACAAAGGACUGAUUGGUCUUAACUUGUCAAGUAAUGCCAUUGGAGAUUCUGGAGCUAAAACACUCUGCCAGGCCCUGAAAGGAAAUCAAACCCUGGCUACACUGUUGAUCGCAGAAAACGGAAUUGAACCUUCCGGUGCAAAGGCUCUUUCGGAGGUUCGAAAAACCAAUAGCACGUUGCAUCAGUUAUAUUUGGGAGGCAACAAUAUCGGCGAAUCUGGAUUUCAAGCACUCUCAGAAGCUGGUUUCCAGGUGUUCCUUCCAUCGCAAAUUAGUUGUUGUACAAUUGAGUUGACCCUCAGUCAAUGAACGUGGCCACUUAAAUUGCUGCAAAAUGAACGUUCUGCUGAUAAGAAAAGAAGAAUGCAUAUUGUGAGAAAUGAGUAUACCUGGACCUCUGCUAGCUAAGCACAUUUGAAAGUGUAUGAAUUGUAAGGCACAUAAUAUGCAGGAAUGGAGAAAGUCUCUCUCGCAAACCAAUGAGAUGUCUAUAUUCUACUUGCAAGCCUACCGAAUUUAGCAUAUUUCGCGCUCGUUAAUGAAGUAAAUACGCUAAAAUCAUAAAUACGACCAAUCUGAGACAUGUAUGUAUUUCCUCUCUUUCAAUUCGGUAGCACAUUUAAAUUACGCACCAGGAGAGAGAUUCUGCCUUUUGUGUCGAUUAUUACCAAGGAUUUGCCGAUACCGGUUUUUAAAAAUCGAUACCGAGUACGGUACUAACUUUUUCCCUCGAUAUUGAUAGCAGUGUUGCUACUUCGUUUUUAGUGAUCAUCCUUGUUAUUUGCAAGGACGGUGUUUCAAAGUCUUUCAGCGGUUUCAAUCAUGGCUAUAGUUCUAAUUUCUGCGCGGCAUUAGCAUAAUUAAAUAGAUUUCGCGUUAAUAUAGUCAGUUUUCCAAGGCUAUCUUUAUGUCGGUUUUUUUACGAGCUUUUGUUUUGUACAUGUAUCCCAACUGUUAGGUACGUUAUUACUUUCCUUUUUCCUUUCAAUUUCCAUUUACUUUGUUUUGUUUUUUUUUAUGUUUUUUUGUUUUGUUUUGUCUUUUUUCUUUAUCAUUGUGUGUUACCGUUAGUUUUAGUUUAUUUCUUGAUAUUUUCUCAGAACAGCUGGUAAAGUAAAUAUAUGAUGAUUAUCAUAAUUUACCAGUGCAUUCGUUACAGUCGGUUAAAAGGUUUCCCCGAACUGUAAAAUUGAUGUUUACUCGGUACUCUAUAAAUGUACCAACAACGUAGCCAAACAAAUGAAAGAUUUCAAUUUAUUAACGAAAAAAUUGUCUUGCUCUGUAAAUCAACGGAGACUAAGGAUUUUUAAAAUCGAAACUGAUCCUUCCAAUCGCUCUCACGGUACUCGCAGCGACUAGCAGAGUUACUCGGGGAAAACCACGGUUAUUGCACGCUCCAUUAUUUGCAAUUGUGCUCUUUGCCUUUCUCGGUGGCUAGAAUAACGCAGACUCAGGAGAAAACAACUCCUAAGCGCACAUGCAUUAUUGAAAGAAUCAAUAUCAGUGGUAGAUCCAGACCUUGAGUUCAGGGGGGGGGGUUUGUGUGUGUGUAUACACCUGCCGGCUUUUUCUCUGCAAUUUUUUUUACCCGUAAUGAGGGGGGCGGUCCCUCCGGGCCCUUCCCUUAGAUCCGCCACUGGAUACCCCUCGCUAGAAUUGAUGUUCUUUAAUCCGACUCCGAGAUCUCGGUAUCGCCCCUAUCAAAUAUAAGGUUUCGGCUUCGGCUUGUCCUUUCAGAUUACUCCUCGGUGGAUUCGCUUAAGAUUCAAGAGGUCUGGACUAAACGAAAGCGUGUGUCGUUAAUCGUAACGUUAACAUUUAUUGUUUACAUUUAUAUGGUGAACGUCACCCUUUCAUAGAAGUCCAGUGCUCGUGUGUUUCUCUGACUGACGAAUUUAUCAGGUAUUCUUGGAGUGAUCACAUUCUUAACUGUUAGUAAAUUUCUUUAUUAUAAAAAAUUGGAUCAAUGAUUGAUGCGAUUCAAGAGUUUCCAUAGGCAUAGCCAUCAUGGGUUAUCGGCCAUUAUACCAUGCUCUCUAAAUAUAGUAAGAGUACGCGUCGGCUCAAAAAUUAAAACGGAGAUAGAAACUUAAUUUGUUUAUCUAUAUUGUGGGGCGUCUUUGGUGAAGCAAUUAUUUCUCUCGCGUUUAUUGGAUAUGAGAUGAUUGAUAGCCAACGAGGCCCGUAGCUAUCAUCUCGUAUCCAGCGCACGCACGUGGAAUAGUUGUUUAAAAUUUUUUCUGGAAAUAAAGUCGGCAUAGUAUAUUUAGAGUUGAAGUAAGGAAAAUUAGUUAAGGAUCAUGUCGUAAAAUGUUAGCAACUACCCUUAAAAUUUUUUUCCGCAUUUGUUAAAAAGAAUAACAACGCUAUUGUAUAUUGAAUAAUUUGUGAGUUGAAGUACACACUUGGCUUGAUUUACAGUAAACAUAGUGUUGUAUCGUAUUCAAUACGAAUAUUGAAAAAACUG